CUGAUCGCUGUAUGGGGAGAGGAUUCAGUGCUUGCAGAACUUCGUUCUAAAAGACGAAAUGCAAAAACUUUUGAAAAAAUUUCCAAGGGCAUGAUGGAGAGAGGCCACAAUAGGGACUCUGAGCAGUGCUGCGUGAAGGUCAAGGAGCUCAGACAAGCCUAUCAAAAAACAAAGGAGGCAAACGGUCGCUCCGGGUCAGAGCCGCGGACAUGCCGCUACUACGCCGAGCUGCAUGCAAUUCUAGGGGGGGCUGCCACCACUACCCCACCUUUGUUCGUGGAUUCUGGGUCGGGGAUAGUCUCGACGCCUGAGGAUUCUGCCGAUGGGGUAGAGGAGGAGGAGGAGGAGGAGGAUGAGCUUGCAGAGAGCACACAGCACUCCAUUCUCCCCAACAGCCAGGAUCUUUUUAUCACCCUGACUGAAGUACCCUCCCAAGCCAGUACCCAAGACUCUGACCCCAUGGAAGGGACCUCAGCAGCUGCAAAUUCCUCAAGCCUCCCUCCUCCAUCCUGAAGGUUAUCACAGAUAAGGCGUCGUAAGAAGAAGACGCGGGAGGACAUGUUUUCUGAAAUUAUGCAAUCCAGCAGGAGUGACAGAGCUCAUCUGAAUGAGUGGAAGGAAACAGUUUCAAAGUAUAGGAAAGA